AUAUGGGCAAAAAAUCGAAUAGAUUAAUUAUUAAUAAAAAUAUGAUUAAUUGAAAGAAAAGGGAACAAAUAUCUUUCCUUUUUUCUAGCUGCCCCAAAGGGAAGCUAACGAGGAAACUUAUAAUUUUACGACACAAGUCGUAACGUGUAUUCACACAAUUUUUUCUGAUGUAUAAGUGUGUGCAUCACACAUACGAGCAAAAUUAGUGUCAACAAUAACAAAGUACAAACUUUACCAAAAAAAAAUAUUGAAAAUAAAUUAAAAAUUAUCGAUGCCAACCUCAUCAUCGGUUUACCACGAAAAGCAAUCGAGGCAACUAUGUGCCUUGCACGCCCUCAACAAUCUCUUUCAAGGUGACCAAUCCUACACAAAGGCUGAACUCGAUGACAUUUGCAGCAAUCUCAGUCCAGAUGUAUGGAUAAAUCCACAUCGCUCGGUGCUCGGAUUGGGCAAUUAUGAUAUCAAUGUCAUAAUGACAGCCCUGCAGAAGCGCAAUUGCGAGGCCAUUUGGUUUGACAAACGAAAAGAUCCGUCUGUCAUUAACUUGGACGCCAUUGUUGGCUUCAUACUCAACAUUCCAACGGAUUACAAGUUUGGGUUUGUAACGCUGCCGCUGCAGAGACGCCACUGGAUUGCAGUGCGUCGCAUUGGCGAUUUCUACUACAACCUGGACUCCAAAUUACGCGAACCCGAUUUGCUGGGCAACGAUGUGGAAAUGCUGCAAUUUCUGCGCGAGCAACUCUCCGACGAAGGACAACGCGAAGUUUUCCUUGUGCUCGAACAGAAAAAUGGCGCAGCAGCAACCGCUGAUCGUUGGCUAAAAAAGGAGGAGCCGCACAACUCUGGACUGGGCACAUAACUCAAUACAUUAGAUCUAUUGAAUCCCUAUUAUUAAAAUCUUGUUUUUAUGUACAUAAUUUACUUGUGUAUUUAGCACAAAUAUUCUUGUUGAAAACGCUUAAAGUGAGUUGAACAUUUUUCUAAA